ACAGUUGUCAUUCUAUUUUGUGCUCUCGAUUGCUUCGGCCGUGGCGUUGUUUAACUUAAUUUAAAAAGAAAUAAAGAAAAACAAAAUAUAAUUAGCUCGCAUACAAUUUAUAUUAUAUAUUUAUAAUAACAAAAUAAUUUCAAAUAAAUCAUUUGUAUGAAUAAAGCUUAAUGAAAUACAAAAAAGUUCAUUAGCCCGGCCAAAGCAAAAAAAGAAAAAAUUGCAUACACAAAGUGUGAGUGAAUAGGAAGCGAAAAGUGAAAAAUCGAUCGAUUAGGCUUGUGACCGACCAUCUAACCAACAAAAAGUUAGUGUAGAAAAAUUAUUCAAAAGCGACGAGUGUUAAUAAACGAAUAUAAUAAGAAAAAAGAAAAUAAUUAGAACAGUGCCGGGUGUUAACGUUUAUCAGUUUUGAUUCAUUUAACAAAAUUUGUAUAAUUAACACAAAAUAGCUCAAAUAUAAUACAAACAUAUACUAAAAAGUGUUGAAAAGUCAAAUAACAACAACUACAAAAAUAGCAAACAUUUUACCAACAAUGCAGCAAUAAAACAAAAGAAGAAUAGAAAAACAAAAAACGCACAUAUUGCACUAACAUUUAAUUGUAUACAAAAAAAAUAACGACAUAUUGUUGUUUGUUUUUGUAGUUUUUUUAAUAGGCGCCAAGCAUCACACCCUUCAACCCGACCGUCCAUCAUCAUCGAUUCAUUAUAAACACGACACUUCAAACAAAACACAAAAAAUAAAUCAAUUAUAUCCCUUAAAAAAAUACAACAAAAAGAGAAAGGGAAAGAUUUUCUUGUUUGUUUACAUAAAAAGACAAGUGCAGCCGUCAUUGCCUGCCUGCCUGUUUUCUGUUCUGUUUUGAGUGCAUCAUAUUUAAAUUAAAAUCGUAUAGUAUUUUUAACGAUAAUUACAAAAUAGAUCUCUAAAAUACUCCUAUAAUUACUUAUUGCAACUAUAACGGCCAUAGAAUACAGAAAUUUCUGCUGCUGCUACACUUAAUAAGAGUUUGUCGUAAUAAAAAGAAAGUAUAAAGGUGCUUUUUUAUACAUUUGACUCAACAAUUGUGAAUAAUUGCAUUUAAACAAUUAAUUAAACAAACAAACAAACAAACAAAAAAACAAUAAAUAAAAACAACCUAUAAAAAGCAAUUACGCAUUAAAACAAAACGAAGAAAUUGCCCUGAAUAAAUAAAUGUCUAAUGCUGUCAUUGUAAAAGUUAAAUCUCUGUAUAAACAACAUACUUAAGACUCCCUGAAACGGGAGAACAUCAUCAAGAUUAAUAACAACAACAACGAACACAACACAGCUGCAACUGUAAAAGCAACAAUAAUAACUUUUUAAAUUAAAUUAUUUAUUUCGUCAUGAAUUCAAGCACAAAACAUUUACUUCAUUGUACUCUAUUGCUAGUGGUCAUAGUAGCAUUUGAAAUUUUCUCUGGUGGCAUAAAAAUCGAUGAAAAUUCCUUUACAGUUUUGGACCCUUGGGCGGCAUAUGGCCAAUUAGCUACCAUUUUAUUAUAUCUAUUACGUUUCCUAACGUUCCUUACACUGCCGCAAGUAUUAUUCAAUUUUUGCGGUUUAGUCUUUUACAAUGCUUUUCCCGAAAAAGUUGUUCUCAAAGGUAGUCCCCUGCUAGCGCCGUUCAUGUGCAUACGUGUUGUGACACGAGGAGAUUUUCCCGAGUUGGUCAAGACCAAUGUACUGAGAAAUAUGAAUACAUGUCUUGACACUGGUUUGGAAAAUUUCCUUAUUGAAGUUGUUACAGAUAAGGCGGUAAAUUUAUCACAUCAUCGUCGUAUACGUGAAAUUGUAGUGCCUAAAGAGUAUAAAACCCGAACAGGAGCCUUAUUUAAAUCACGCGCUUUACAAUAUUGUCUAGAGGAUAAUGUAAAUGUUUUAAAUGACAAUGAUUGGAUUGUACAUUUAGAUGAGGAAACUUUACUAACAGAGAAUUCAGUGCGUGGUAUUAUUAAUUUUGUCUUAGAUGGUAAACAUCCAUUUGGACAGGGUUUAAUAACAUAUGCCAAUGAAAAUGUAGUCAAUUGGCUGACGACAUUGGCCGACAGUUUCCGUGUAUCGGACGAUAUGGGUAAAUUACGUUUACAGUUUAAAUUGUUCCACAAACCCUUGUUCAGCUGGAAAGGAAGUUAUGUUGUAACUCAGGUUGGUGCUGAACGUCAAGUAUCAUUCGAUAAUGGCAUUGAUGGUUCCGUGGCCGAAGAUUGUUUCUUUGCGAUGCGUGCUUUUUCCCAGGGCUACACUUUCAAUUUCAUCGAAGGUGAAAUGUAUGAAAAAUCACCAUUUACCCUGUUGGAUUUCUUGCAACAGCGUAAACGUUGGCUUCAGGGCAUUCUCCUUGUGGUACACUCGAAAAUAAUACCCCUCAAAUACAAACUAUUGCUGGGUAUCAGCGUUUACUCCUGGGUAACCAUGCCCUUGUCAACCUCAAAUAUUGUAUUUGCUGGACUGUAUCCCAUACCCUGUCCCAAUAUUGUGGAUUUUGUGUGUGCUUUUAUAGCGGCCGUUAAUAUCUACAUGUACGUGUUUGGUGUCAUCAAAUCAUUUUCACUUUACCGUUUUGGUUUAGUGAAAUUUUUAGCCUGCGUUUUGGGUGCCGUCUGUACAAUACCCGUUAAUGUGGUAAUUGAGAAUGUUGCCGUCAUAUGGGGCCUAGUGGGUAAAAAACAUAAAUUCUAUGUUGUGCAAAAAGAUGUACGAGCAUUGGAAACUGUGUAGGUUUAAUGUAACAUAAACACUUGCUAACAAACAAAACAAAAACAAGAAGCAAACAAAAACACAGCCAAAAUGUUGUUGCACAAUGAAAAGCAUAGGUUUUGAAAAUGCUUUUCCUUAUUUUUAAAGAAAAUUGUUAUUUUUUGUGAUAGGAUUUAUAUGUAACAAAUUAACAAAAGCUUGUCUUUUGUAUAAGCAAAAAUAACUUUCCCUUACAUUAUAUGAAGUUUUUUUUUUGUAAGCUAAAGUUAUAAAAACGAUAAAAAAAUUUCUUUUUUUUUUUAGAAAAAAAAAACUAAAAAACGAACCAAAAAGUGUGGCAGUUUGGAAGAUUUUCUUCUGCUUACACAUUAAACUUAAACAAAAACUCAUUGAACAAAUAAUAAUUUUUAGGCUUGGGCUAAUUAAUGAUUAUUACAAAGUUACAAUAACUUCUUAUAAGCUUAAAUUUUUCAUGCUUUUUUUCAAAAAUAGAUUUAAAUAAUCAAUAAAUAGCACUUGCCAAAUAAGAAAAACACAUACACACACAAAAUUUAUUAAAUGUUACAUUCACGCACAUAACUAAAAUCGAAAAUAAGGAGAACACAAACACUUAAAUCACCAAAAAAAAAAAAAACUCUUACACCCUCCUCCUGGUCCAAAAUACAAAAAAGGAUUAUAUUAAUAUAUUUCUAUUUUUAGUAGUAUAUGUAUAAUAUGUUUAGUUUUUUUCCAUUUAAUUUAAAGCUUAAAUUUAUUUACUAUUAUUUAUUAUUCUUUUUUUUUUUUUUUUUUGUUAAAUGUAAAUUUGUUUUGUGUAUUUUUUUUUAUAUUUACAUAUAUAUUUUAAAUACUGGUGGCAUAAGGUUUCAUUUUUGUUAAAACCAGCACCUUGUAAAAAAGAAGAUAUAGCACUCUUUUUUAACUCAUUAUCAUAUAACAUUAUCAUACCUACUCAUCGCUUAAAUGUUUUCUUGGGAAACAAAUUAUUAAUCCAGAGAAUUUCUUUAAGUAUUUAUUAAUAGUAAAUACUAUUUCUUCAGAGACAUUAGUCUUAAAUUAUCGGUUCUUUGAUAAGUUCAAAAACUAUGUUGAAUUAAAUUUAAUUGCUUUGUCGUCAAAAUUUUAAAACGUUACAGUCUUGUCUAUAGACUAGUCUAUAGCCUAUAGUCUUGUCUAUGAUCUAGUCGGUUGUCUGUAGUCUCGUCUAUAGCCUGGUGUAGUCUAUACUCCAGAAUAUAGUCUAGUCUAGAUUAUAGUCUCUAGCCUAUUCUAUAGUCGAGUUUAUAGUCAAGUAUAUUAUAGUCUAGUUUAUAAUCUAGUCUAUUGUCUAGUCUGUAAUCUAGUCUAUAGUAUAGCUGUAGUCUGGUCUAUCGUAUAGACUUUUAAAAUAAAUUCUGUUAGACGCACGAACCAGUAACUGAAAGGAAAUAAAAUUGAAUAGAACUUUCAAAACAAAUAGAAAAACUGAUAUUUACCACAAGACUUGUAACUAAGGAAGUACAUGAUUUUUCUCUGACUAAUAAUUUCUUUCUUUUAUACAUUAUCACAAAAACUUCAUCACAUAAUUUUAAAGAAAAUUCUAAAUAUUUAUUUUUUUGUUAAGAAAAAUUUGUAAUUAUUAAAAAAAAUCUGUAAACAACAUAAUAAAAUCAAAAUAAUAACUAGUACAUGUAUGUAUUUUAUGUAUAAUUUGUUUAUAAUCGAAAAAAAAGAAUUCUGAUAAAAUAUUGGAAAACCCAAAAAGAAAAAAAUAUAUAUACAAUUCUUGAAAAUCAAACAAAACCACAAAGUUUUCUCUUAAUAAAAACAAAUAAGUAGUAAAAAAUAAAAAUAAAAAAAAACCUAAACAAUACCAAGAAGAGUGCUUGAACAGAAGAAAAAAAAAUAUGUAUAAAAUAAGAUGUAAUAAUGAAAACCAUGUUUUCCUGCUUAAAACAAAUUUUUAUACACCUAUGUACUUAUUAAAAGAAAAAUUAUGAGAAAAUAGCAAAACAUUAAACACUUUCACAGGCAAAUAAUCAUCAGCAAAACAAGCAAGCAACUUUAUACAUAAUUUUUUAAAAACAAACGUUACACAAGAAAAAAAAGUAAAAAUUAUGAAUGAAAAAAAUAUGCAAUAUGUAUUUUUAAUUUGCUACACAAUUCAAACUUAAACAUUUGACCUUUGUUUUUUUUUUCAAAUGACUGCUCUUUUUAGCCUCAAAAAGCCUUAUCUAUUUUAUUUAAAAGAAAAGAAAGAAAAACACAUAUGAAUUCAUUUGAAUACUUCAUAAAUUAUAUUGAAAAUGUUUACAUACAUCAAAUACCUUGGUAUGAUAUGAUGAUGUUUUUUGUUCUUACUUUUUUUCUCAUUUUAUUAAUGGGGGUCAAUGAAUGUAUAUGAGAAAUUAAUUUAAAUUCUUUGAUAGACAUGAAAUAACUGAAAAUAAUAAUAAUAAUAAAUAAAAUACACAUACUGAUACACUGAAAUAGUAGAUUUUAAAUGCUUAUAUACUACUAUUUGAGAAGAUAGUUAUUUUUUUUAUUUAAAUUGUCAGACAGUAUUUACCCCGACAGUAGUUGUAAAUACAUAACAGUUUAUUGUCAUAUAUGUAUUUAAAAUACCAAAGUUUUGAAAUCUAUUAUAAAAUUGCAAAUAUAGACUUAAUUAUAAUGGAAAAAAAGUGAUACUGAAUAAAUGCAACAAUAUGUUUUCCGUGUUUGUUGUUUAAAUGGGCUUAUAAUUGAUCUUUAAUUGAUUUUGGUUAAUUGAUCGAUUAUGUUUUCCUAGCGAUGGGGAAAUUUUCGAACUCAAGUUGGUAUUAAUAAAAUAUAAAAUAAUUGGCUUAUAUAUAAAACUAAAAUUAGAUGUUUUUUUUAAUGACCUUCAAAUUUUUCGAACAUAAUUUCGAAAUUUAUUAAGAAUUCGAACAUUUAAUUGAACCUUCAUGAACAUUUUUAAGUUAUUUUCAAAUUCUAUUUUAUGUUUGAAAUUGGAAAAUAUAGGAAAUUGACUACAAAUAAAACUACAAUUAUAGUUUUAUAAAUUCUCAUAGUUUAGAGAUUAUAUUAACAGUUUUAAAAUUGUUUCGCACAUAAGUUCAAAUUUCGAAUAUAAAAAACUUAAGUUUUAAAAUAACAUUGAAAAUAUUAUAAAGAAAAUCAUGAACAUUUUAAAAUCAUUUCCAAAACUUAAAAAUUUCAGAAAUUAAAAAUUUUUAAAGUUUAUUUUUUGAAAAUAUUUUCAUAAAAAUUUAGAUUUUCUUUGCAAAAUUGGCUCACAAAAACAUUUUACAAAAAAAUAUACAUUUUUUUAAUGAGGUUUCAAUAAUUUAAUGAAAAGUUAGCCGAUUUUACUCCUGUAAUGUGAUAUUUAGCAGGUCUAGCAAAAAUAUUACAUACAGUUUUUAAACUUUUCUAUUAUUAUUAAUUGAAAGCAUGGUAUAAAACUAUUAUUUUUAAUCAUGUUUGAAAGUUAAAAAAAAGCAACACAAAUUUAUUACUAUUAAAAGUUGCGAAACAUUUGAAAUAUUAUAAAGAUUCGAGUAGUUUUCAUUCAAACAUAGCAAAUACAGAUUGAUAAAUUAAUGCAAUUCUGUGUAUUUUGAAAAUUAAACAAAAUGCAUUAGCAAUUAAGGAAACGAAAUACUGAUACAAAUUGGUUGGUUAUAAAGUCCUUUCAAAGUCAAAUAUAAUCGAAAAGACUGUUACGAACUACAACACUUGAAAAUUUAACAAGAAUAUAAUAAUACUGCUUAAUUACCAUGAAAUUUUAAGCCCUUAAAUGAAGGUAAUAAUAAAUUAACAGCUCACAGACACUUAAGUAUUGUCGUAAGGACUAUAACAGAUUACUACUCUUGUAAUUUUGCAAGAUUUUUAUAAGCAAUAAGGUAAUUUAGAUGAAAGUGUGGAGAAAUUUUUUGAUUUAGUUUCAAAAAUUACUAAAAUUAUGCAAUCUCUACAAUGAAAACAUAGAAAAAAUACAAUUUUUUGAAAAAAAAAAAAAAAAAAAACACUGGAUACACACUUGUAAGUCUUGCAAAUAAACUCGUACACAGCAUAUUGUAGGAGAUACAAACUGCACAUAAUUACAAGUAGAAAUUUUCGAAUUUUGUCAGAUUCAAAACAAGCAGUAUAUACAAAACAUUUUUCCCACUAAUUUAGUUUAAAAUUUAUAAUUAAGCUUCACAACUAUGAAACAUUUUCUAAUAUUUGCAAUUUUUUUUAAGUUUGACUUUUAUAAAAGCCUUAAAUAAAAAAUCAACUAGUCUAAGCUUUAAAUUCUUAAAAACUGGUUAAGGUUUUCAUAACCGUACAAAAAAAUUAAAAGAAAACAGACGGUAAUAUAUCGUCAUGAUAUUAAUAACCAGAUAUUAAAAAAACUAACAACUGAAAUACUGAAAUCUUAAAAAAAUUGUUUUAAUUUAUUAAUAUAAUGAAACACAAUAAAGUCAAAAACAAUUUAUCUUUCUAAUUUGUAAAUUAAAAAAUACAUACAGAAAUACAAUUAUAACUUAUUUUUUUAAGUUUUUCUAUAUAAGUUAUUUUUAUUUUUUUUUAAUAUAAAAUAAUAAAUUUUGAAAGAAAAAACAGUA